AUGCAAGGGAUCCGCAAAGGGGAAAGCCGAGCAAAGGAAUCCAAACCCCGGGAGCCUGGCAGGAGAAGAUGCGCUAAAUGUGGCCGCCUAGACUUCAUCCUGAUGAAGAAAAUGGGGUUUAAAAGUGGAUUUACGUUUUGGAACCUCGUCUUUUUAUUGAUGGUGUCUUGUGUGAAAGGAUUUAUUUAUACAUGUGGUGGAACUUUAAAAGGACUUAAUGGCACUAUAGAAAGCCCUGGUUUUCCAUAUGGAUAUCCAAAUGGUGCAAACUGUACAUGGGUAAUAAUAGCAGAAGAAAGAAAUAGAAUACAAAUUGUUUUUCAGUCAUUUGCUCUAGAAGAAGAAUACGACUACUUAUCCUUAUAUGAUGGACAUCCUCAUCCUACGAACUUUAGGACAAGGUUAACAGGAUUCCACCUGCCACCGCCAGUGACCAGUACCAAAUCUGUGUUCUCGCUACGUUUGACCAGCGAUUUUGCUGUUAGUGCUCAUGGGUUCAAAGUGUAUUAUGAAGAAUUGCAGAGUAGCUCCUGCGGAAACCCAGGAGUCCCGCCCAAAGGCGUAUUAUACGGUACGAGGUUUGAUGUUGGGGACAAGAUCCGCUACAGCUGUGUAACUGGCUAUAUCCUCGAUGGCCACCCUCAGCUCACCUGUACAGCCAAUUCAGUGACUACAGCCUCGUGGGACUUUCCUGUACCCAUCUGCAGAGCUGAAGAUGCGUGUGGGGGAACAAUGAGAGGAUCCAGCGGCAUCAUCUCGAGCCCCAGUUUUCCUAAUGAAUACCACAACAACGCUGACUGCACUUGGACCAUUGUGGCAGAGCCCGGGGACACGAUUUCCCUCAUAUUUACUGAUUUCCAAAUGGAAGAAAAGUAUGAUUACUUAGAAAUAGAAGGUUCUGAGCCACCUACAAUAUGGUUAUCUGGGAUGAAUAUACCACCACCAAUUAUCAGCAACAAAAACUGGCUCAGACUGCAUUUUGUUACAGACAGCAAUCACAGAUACCGUGGAUUUAGUGCUCCAUAUCAAGGUUCUUCUACAUUGACCCACACUACCUCCACUGGUGAGUUAGAGGAGCAUAACAGGACUACCACUGGUGCAAUUGCUGUUGCUAGCACAUCUGCAGAUGUUACUGUAUCCAGUGUUACAGCUGUCACCAUCCAUAGACUUUCCGAGGAACAGCGAGUGCAAGUUACGAAUCUCAGAAAUGCAGGUCUGGACCCCAACACGUCCAAGGACGGGCUCUCUCCUCAUCAAGCAGAUACACAAAGUACAAGGAGAAGACCAAGAAAUGCUGAACAGAUAGAAAGAACUAAAGAGCUUGCAGUUGUUACUCAUAGAGUGAAAAAGGCCAUAGAUUUUAAAUCUAGAGGAUUUAAAUUGUUUCCAGGGAAAGACAACAGCAACAAGUUUUCUCUCUUAAAUGAGGGAGGUAUUAAAACAGCUUCCAAUUUAUGUCCAGAUCCAGGUGAACCAGAAAAUGGGAAGAGAGUUGGAUCAGAUUUUAGCCUUGGAUCCACUGUGCAGUUUUCGUGUGAUGAAGAUUAUGUCCUGCAGGGUGCUAAGAGCAUCACCUGCCAACGAAUAGCGGAAGUCUUUGCUGCUUGGAGUGAUCACAGGCCUGUAUGUAAAGUGAAGACGUGUGGCUCUAAUCUUCAAGGACCCAGCGGGAGCUUCACGUCCCCCAACUUUCCGUUCCAGUAUGACAGCAAUGCACAGUGCGUCUGGGUCAUCACCGCGGUGAAUACAAACAAGGUUAUCCAGAUAAAUUUUGAAGAAUUUGAUCUGGAGAUUGGCUAUGAUACUUUGACCAUUGGUGACGGAGGUGAAGUUGGAGACCCCAGAACAGUGCUCCAAGUUCUGACCGGGAGCUUUGUGCCGGACUUGAUAGUGAGCAUGCGUAGCCAGAUGUGGCUCCACCUUCAGACAGACGAGAGCGUCGGCUCCGUUGGCUUCAAGGUUAACUACAAAGAAAUUGAAAAAGAAAGUUGUGGAGAUCCUGGUACACCUUUAUAUGGAAUUAGAGAAGGCGAUGGAUUUUCUAAUCGUGAUGUUUUAAGGUUUGAAUGCCAGUUUGGGUUUGAAUUAAUUGGAGAAAAAUCCAUUGUUUGUCAAGAGAAUAACCAAUGGUCUGCAAACAUACCCAUCUGUAUCUUUCCUUGCCUCUCUAACUUUACUGCACCAAUGGGAACAGUCCUUUCUCCUGAUUACCCAGAAGGAUAUGGAAAUAAUUUAAACUGCAUCUGGACAAUAAUCUCUGAUCCAGGGAGUCGGAUACACCUUUCUUUUAAUGACUUUGAUCUGGAAUCUCAAUUUGACUUCCUUGCUGUUAAAGAUGGGGACUCUCCAGACUCCCCAAUUCUCGGGACCUUUACCGGGGCUGAGGUGCCUUCCCAUCUUACUAGUAAUCGUCAUAUACUGAGACUGGAGUUUCAAGCUGACCAUUCAAUGUCGGGACGUGGCUUUAACAUCACUUACAACACGUUUGGACACAACGAGUGUCCCGAUCCUGGAAUACCGAUCAAUGCCCGGCGGUUUGGGGACAACUUCCAAUUAGGGAGCUCGAUUUCGGUUAUUUGUGAAGAAGGAUUUAUUAAAACCCAGGGAACAGAAACAAUUACAUGCAUUCUUAUGGACGGAAAGGUGAUGUGGAGUGGACCCAUUCCAAGAUGUGGAGCUCCUUGUGGUGGCCAUUUCUCAGCUCCCAGUGGACUGAUUCUCUCACCGGGAUGGCCAGGUUACUAUAAAGACUCUUUGAAUUGUGAGUGGGUGAUUGAAGCUGAACCUGGACACUCUAUCAAAAUUACAUUCGAAAGAUUUCAGACUGAACUAAAUUAUGAUGUUCUGGAAGUUCAUGAUGGACCCAAUCUUCUGUCACCCUUGCUUGGAUCUUACAAUGGCACACAAGUGCCCCAGUUUCUAUUUAGUAGCAGUAAUUUUAUAUACCUUCUGUUUACAACAGACAACAGCCGUUCUAAUAAUGGUUUCAAGAUUCAUUAUGAAAGUGUAACAGUGAACACCUAUUCCUGCCUGGACCCUGGUAUACCUGUACAUGGCCGUCGCUAUGGUCAUGAUUUCUCCAUCGGCUCUACUGUUUCAUUUAGCUGUGACCCAGGAUACAGGCUAAGCCACGAAGAGCCCCUUCUCUGCGAGAAAAACCACUGGUGGAGUCAUCCACUUCCAACCUGUGAUGCAUUAUGUGGAGGAGAUGUUAGAGGGCCUAGUGGAACAAUAUUAUCACCUGGUUACCCAGAAUUUUAUCCAAAUUCUCUGAAUUGUACGUGGACUGUUGAUGUAACCCAUGGAAAAGGCGUGCAGUUCAGCUUUCACACCUUUCAUCUGGAAGACCACCAUGACUACCUGCUGAUCACAGAGAACGGCAGCUUCACGCAGCCCCUGGCUCGCCUGACGGGCUCCGAGCUGCCCUCCACCAUCAACGCUGGUCUCUACGGAAACUUCAGGGCUCAGUUGCGCUUCAUUUCAGAUUUUUCAAUAUCAUAUGAAGGAUUCAAUAUUACAUUCUCUGAAUAUAACCUCGAACCUUGUGAAGAUCCUGGAAUUCCUCAAUAUGGUAACCGAAUCGGGUUCAACUUUGGGGUUGGUGACACUCUGACCUUCUCGUGCUCAUCAGGUUAUCGACUGGAAGGGACAUCAGAGAUCAUCUGUCUUGGUGGUGGCCGACGAGUGUGGAGUGCACCUCUGCCAAGGUGUGUGGCCGAAUGUGGUGCCUCUGCAACAAAUAAUGAAGGAAUUUUGCUCUCUCCAAAUUAUCCACUCAACUACGAAAACAACCAUGAGUGCAUUUAUAGUAUUCAGGUUCAAGCAGGAAAGGGAAUCAAUAUUUCAGCCCGAACAUUUCAUUUAGCACAAGGAGACGUUCUUAAGAUUUAUGAUGGAAAAGAUAAAACGACGCAUCUAUUAGGUGCUUUCACGGGUGCAUCCCUGCGAGGACUGACACUUAGCAGUACUUCAAAUCAGCUCUGGCUAGAAUUUAAUUCUGAUUCUGAAGGGACAGAUGAAGGCUUUCAACUUGUCUAUACCAGUUUCGAACUUUCACAUUGUGAAGAUCCUGGCGUUCCACAAUUUGGAUACAAGAUCAGUGACCAAGGCCACUUUGCUGGGAGCACUAUCAUUUAUGGGUGCAACCCAGGCUACACUCUCCAUGGGAGUAGCCUUCUCAAGUGCAUGACGGGGGAAAGGAGGGCAUGGGACUACCCUCUGCCUUCCUGUAUUGCUGAAUGCGGAGGUCGUUUUAAAGGAGAGUCAUCAGGAAGAAUCUUGUCUCCGGGGUAUCCCUUUCCCUACGACAAUAAUCUGCGGUGCAUGUGGAUGAUUGAGGUAGAUCCAGGAAACAUUGUCAGCCUACAGUUUCUUGCUUUUGAUACGGAAGCAUCACAUGAUAUACUUCGAGUUUGGGAUGGUCCACCAGAAAACGAGAUGCUUUUAAAGGAAAUUAGUGGAUCUCUUAUUCCUGAAGGGAUCCAUAGCACCCUCAACAUAGUAACCAUCCAGUUUGACACGGAUUUUUAUAUCAGUAAAUCAGGAUUUGCAAUUCAGUUUUCAAGUUCUGUUGCCACUGCAUGUCGUGAUCCAGGUGUUCCCAUGAAUGGAACUCGAAAUGGGGACGGACGAGAACCUGGGGACACUGUUGUCUUUCAAUGUGACCCAGGAUAUGAGCUUCAAGGAGAGGGAAGAAUAACCUGCAUUCAGGUAGAAAAUCGAUACUUCUGGCAACCCAGCCCACCAGUCUGUAUAGCACCGUGUGGAGGCAAUUUAACAGGAUCUUCAGGCUUUAUUCUUUCGCCCAACUUCCCUCAUCCGUAUCCCCACAGCAGGGACUGUGACUGGACCAUCACUCUGAACACGGACUAUGUCAUCUCCUUGGCCUUUAUCAGUUUUAGCAUAGAACCAAACUACGACUUUCUCUAUAUAUACGAUGGGCCAGACAGUAAUAGCCCACUGAUUGGAAGUUUUCAAGACAGCAAGCUCCCAGAGAGAAUAGAAAGCAGCUCCAGUACCAUGCAUUUGGCUUUUCGGAGUGACGGAUCUGUUAGCUACACUGGAUUUCAUUUAGAGUAUAAAGCAAAACUCCGGGAGUCCUGCUUUGAUCCAGGCAAUAUAAUGAAUGGCACCAGACUUGGGAUGGAUUAUAAAUUAGGGUCAACAGUCACCUAUUACUGUGAUGCUGGAUAUGUUCUUCAAGGUUACUCAACACUCACCUGUAUCAUGGGAGAUGACGGAAGACCUGGAUGGAAUAGAGCCUUACCAAGCUGUCAUGCACCAUGUGGAAGUCGUUCAACAGGUUCAGAAGGCACUGUCCUAUCACCAAAUUAUCCAAAAAAUUACAGUGUGGGACAUAAUUGUGUUUAUGCUGUAGCAGUUCCCAAGGAAUUUGUGGUGUUUGGCCAGUUUGUAUUUUUCCAGACAUCACUCCACGAUGUUGUUGAGGUGUAUGAUGGGCCAACUCAGCAAUCUUCUCUGUUAUCUUCCCUCUCAGGAUCCCAUUCAGGAGAAUCACUUCCACUGAGUUCAGGUAAUCAGAUCACAAUUCGAUUUACUUCAGUUGGACCAAUAACAGCUAAGGGAUUUCACUUUGUUUAUCAAGCUGUUCCUAGAACAAGUUCCACACAGUGCAGUUCUGUGCCUGAACCAAGAUUCGGAAGAAGGAUUGGCAAUGAAUUUGCAGUCGGUUCAUUGGUUCUUUUUGAAUGCAAUCCAGGAUAUAUUCUCCAUGGAUCCAUUGCAAUUAGGUGUGAUACAGUGCCCAAUUCUUUGGCCCAGUGGAAUGAUUCCUUACCUACCUGCAUUGUGCCCUGUGGUGGAAUUUUAACUAAGCGCAAAGGGACAAUUUUGUCCCCAGGGUACCCCGAGCCUUACGACAACAAUCUGAAUUGUGUGUGGAAGAUCACAGUGCCAGAGGGAGCUGGCAUUCAAGUGCAAGUUAUCAGCUUUGCCACAGAACAUAAUUGGGAUUCUCUGGACUUUUAUGAUGGGGGAGACAACAAUGCCCCGAGACUUGGAAGUUAUUCAGGAACAACAAUACCUCAUCUUUUGAACAGUACAUCUAACAAUCUAUAUCUAAAUUUUCAAUCAGACAUCAGUGUUUCUGCUGCAGGAUUUCACCUGGAAUACACAGCAAUUGGUUUGGAUUCCUGUCCUGAACCACAAACUCCCAGCAAUGGAAUUAAAAUUGGAGACAGAUAUAUGGUUGGUGACGUGGUAUCAUUUCAGUGUGAUCAAGGCUAUUCUCUCCAGGGUCAUUCUCACAUAACAUGUAUGCCUGGACCUGUAAGAAGAUGGAAUUACCCAAUCCCAAUUUGUUUGGCUCAGUGUGGUGGCGCUAUGUCGGAUUUCAGUGGCGUGAUCCUCAGCCCUGGGUUUCCGGGCAACUACCCCAGCAGCUUGGAUUGCACCUGGACCAUAAAGCUGCCCGUAGGUUUCGGUGUACAUCUCCAGUUUGUAAAUUUUUCUACAGAAACUAUACAUGAUUAUUUGGAAGUAAGAAGUGGAACCUCAGAAACUAGUACUGUUAUUGGGCGACUUAGUGGUCCUCAAACACCAUCUUCUUUAUUCAGCACGACUCAUGAAACCAGCCUGUAUUUUCACAGUGACUAUUCACAAAACAAACAAGGGUUCCACAUUGUGUACCAAGCCUAUCAGUUGCAAAGCUGUCCUGAUCCACGCCCAUUUCGCAAUGGCUUUGUAAUUGGCAAUGAUUUCACAGUGGGUCAAACCAUUUCAUUUGAAUGUUUCCCUGGAUACACACUCAUUGGAAAUUCGGCUCUCACUUGCCUUCAUGGAGUGAGUCGUAAUUGGAAUCAUCCACUUCCAAGGUGUGAAGCUCUUUGUGGAGGGAAUAUAACUGCCAUGAAUGGCACCAUUUACUCUCCUGGGUAUCCAGAUGAAUACCCCAACUUCCAGGAUUGCUUUUGGCUUGUGCGAGUGCCCCCUGGGAAUGGAAUCUACAUCAACUUCACUGUCCUUCAGACAGAGCCUGUCUAUGAUUUCAUUACUGUAUGGGAUGGGCCCGAUCAAAACUCACCUCAGAUCGGGCAGUUCAGUGGCAAUACUGCUUUGGAAUCAGUCUAUAGCACUUCGAACCAGAUUCUAGUCAAGUUCCACAGUGAUUUCACAACAAGUGGCUUUUUUGUGCUCAGUUAUCAUGCUUAUCAGCUACGAGUGUGCCAGCCUCCACCACCCGUACCCAAUGCUGAAAUUCUGACGGAAGAUGAUGAAUUUGAAAUAGGUGAUAUUAUUAGGUACCAGUGUCUUCCAGGAUUUACUUUGGUGGGUAAUGCAAUUUUGACAUGCAGAUUAGGAGAACGUCUCCAGAUGGAUGGAGCACCUCCAGUUUGUCAAGUGCUCUGUCCUGCCAAUGAAUUACGGCUGGAUUCCACGGGAGUCAUACUGAGUCCUGGCUACCCCGACAGUUACCCAAAUCUUCAGAUGUGUGCCUGGAGCAUUUCCGUAGAAAAGGGAUAUAACAUCAGCAUGUUUGUAGAAUUCUUCCAGACAGAAAAGGAAUUUGAUGUUCUUCAGGUGUAUGAUGGACCAAAUAUUCAAAGUCCAGUGCUUAUUUCCCUCAGUGGAGAUUAUUCUUCUACUUUUAAUGUAACAAGCAAUGGUCAUGAAGUAUUUCUUCAGUGGUCAGCAGAUCAUGGCAAUAACAAAAAAGGCUUCCGGAUAAGAUAUAUAGCUUUCUACUGUAGUACACCAGAAUCCCCACCUCAUGGAUACAUUAUCAGUCAGACAGGUGGACAGCUGAACAGUGUGGUCCGCUGGGCCUGUGACCGAGGAUUCCGACUCGUUGGCAAAAGCAGUGCUGUGUGCAGGAAGUCUUCCUACGGGUAUCAUGCCUGGGAUGCACCCAUCCCUGCUUGUCAAGCAAUUUCCUGUGGAAUUCCUAAAGCCCCAACAAAUGGAGGAAUACUCACAACAGACUACUUGGUAGGGACCCGGGUCACCUAUUUCUGUCAUGAUGGAUAUCGACUGUCAUCUAAGGAACUUACUACUGCUGUAUGUCAGUCAGAUGGAACUUGGAGCAAUCAUAACAAGACCCCUCGCUGUGUUGUUGUUACAUGUCCAAGCAUCAAUUCCUUUACCUUGGAACAUGGAAGAUGGCGAAUUGUGAAUGGCUCCCAUUAUGAAUACAAAACCAAGGUAGUUUUCAGCUGUGACCCUGGUUAUCAUGGGCUAGGUCCUGCUUCUAUUGAAUGCCUCCCUAAUGGUACCUGGAGUUGGAGAAAUGAAAGACCAUAUUGCCAAAUUAUUUCCUGUGGAGAACUACCUACACCUCCCAAUGGAAACAAGAUUGGAACUCAGACUUCCUACGGGUCCACAGCCAUCUUUACCUGUGACUGGGGAUUCAUCCUGGUGGGCUCUGCCGUUCGGGAAUGCCUUUCUUCGGGUCUUUGGAGUGGAUCUGAAACCAGAUGCCUAGCGGGUCACUGUGGAAUUCCAGAACUCAUUGUGAAUGGUCAAGUCAUUGGAGAAAACUAUGGAUACAGAGACACAGUUGUUUAUCAGUGUAAUCCUGGUUUUCGAUUGAUUGGUUCUUCAGUGAGAAUAUGUCAACAGGAUCAUAAUUGGUCUGGUCAACUCCCAUCCUGUGUGCCUGUCAGCUGUGGUCACCCUGGUAGUCCAAUUUACGGAAGAACAAGUGGAAACGGAUUCAAUUUUAAUGAUGUGGUAACAUUCUCUUGCAACAUUGGGUAUCUCAUGCAGGGGCCCACCAAGGCCCAGUGCCAGGCCAACAGGCAGUGGAGCCACCCUCCGCCCGUGUGCAAAGUGGUGAACUGUUCUGAUCCUGGAAUUCCAGCCAAUUCCAAAAGAGAAAGUAAAAUAGAACAUGGAAAUUUCACCUAUGGUACUGUUGUCUUCUAUGACUGCAACCCUGGAUAUUUUUUAUUUGGAUCUUCAGUUUUGAUAUGUCAACCAAAUGGACAGUGGGACAAACCUUUACCUGAAUGUAUCAUGAUUGACUGUGGACACCCUGGCGUUCCUCCUAAUGCAGUCCUGUCUGGUGAGAAGUACACCUUUGGGUCCACUGUUCACUAUUCCUGCACAGGAAAGCGUAUCCUUCGCGGCCAUUCAUCAAGAACUUGCCAAUUAAAUGGCCAUUGGAGUGGAUCACAACCCCAUUGUUCAGGUGAUGCUACCGGCACAUGUGGGGAUCCAGGUACCCCCGGUCAUGGUUCUAGACAGGAAAGCAAUUUCAGAACCCAAAGUUCUGUACAUUUUGCUUGUGAUAUUGGUUAUAUCCUUUAUGGCUCAGAAGAAAGAACGUGUCUAGCCAAUGGCAGUUGGACUGGAAGGCAGCCAGAAUGCAAAGCUGUCCAAUGUGGUAACCCAGGAGCAACAGCCAAUGGCAAAGUCUUUCGGAUUGAUGGCACGACGUUCUCCAGUUCCAUCAUCUACUCCUGCUUGGAGGGGUACGUCCUGUCGGGACCUUCAGUGAGACAGUGCACAGCCAAUGGGACCUGGUCUGGGACUCUGCCUAACUGUACAAUCAUCAGUUGCGGAGAUCCAGGCACACCAGCCAAUGGCCUGAGAUAUGGAGACGAGUAUGUGGUUGGACAGAAUGUCUCAUACAUGUGCCAGCCAGGCUAUGCAAUGGAAUCGAAUGGCUCCAGGAUCAGAACUUGUACAACCAAUGGCACAUGGAGUGGAGCAAUGCCAACCUGUAGAGCUGUUACCUGCCCAACUCCCCCUCAGAUCUCUAAUGGAAGGUUGGAAGGAACAAAUUUCGACUGGGGCUUUAGUAUCAGCUACACCUGUUCUCCGGGCUAUGAACUCUCCUUCCCUGCUGUUCUGACCUGUGUGGGGAAUGGUACCUGGAGUGGGGAAGUACCACAGUGCUUACCAAAGUUUUGUGGGGACCCUGGUGUACCUGCCCAAGGAAAACGAGAAGGCAAAAGCUUUAUCUACCAGUCAGAGGUUUCAUUCAGCUGCAAUUCUCCUUUCAUCUUAGUGGGAUCGAGCACCAGAAUAUGCCAAGCGGAUGGCACCUGGAGUGGUUCCUCACCUCACUGCAUAGAGCCCACUCGUACCUCAUGUGAAAACCCAGGGGUGCCACGGCAUGGAUCUCAGAACAAUACAUUUGGAUUUCAAGUAGGAAGUGUUGUACAGUUUCACUGCAAAAAAGGGCACCUUCUCCAGGGGUCUACGACACGGACGUGCCUUCCUGACCUCACGUGGAGUGGAAUUCAGCCUGAGUGCAUCCCCCACAGCUGUAAACAACCAGAAACUCCCGCCCACGCAAAUGUGGUGGGAAUGGACCUCUCCUCCCAUGGGUACACGCUGAUUUACACCUGUCAGCCUGGCUUCUUCUUAGCCGGUGGAACAGAGCAUAGGGUGUGUAGGUCUGAUAACACCUGGACUGGGAAAGUUCCUGUUUGUGAAGCUGGGUCCAAAAUAUUGGUGAAAGACCCUAGACCUGCGCUGGGCACACCCAGCCCGAAGCUCAGUGUUCCUGAUGAUGUGUUUGCCCAAAACUAUAUAUGGAAAGGCUCUUACAAUUUCAAAGGCAGGAAACAGCCCAUGACCUUGACAGUUACCAGUUUCAAUGCUUCCACUGGGAGAGUCAAUGCCACGCUCAGCAACAGCAACAUGGAGCUGCUACUCUCAGGGGUGUAUAAAAGCCAGGAAGCUCGCCUAAUGUUACACAUCUAUCUUAUUAAAGUACCAGCUCACACUUCUAUGAAGAAAAUGAAGGAGGAACACUGGGCCAUGGAUGGCUUCGUUUCUGCUGAGCCUGAUGGAGCUACUUAUGUGUUUCAAGGAUUUAUUCAGGGCAAAGAUUAUGGGCAAUUUGGACUCCAAAGACUGGGACUGAAUAUGUCAGAGGGUUUAAAUUCUUCAAAUCAACCUCAUGGUACAAAUAGUAGUUCUGUGGCCAUUGCGAUUCUUGUGCCUUUUUUUGCACUAAUAUUUGCAGGAUUUGGAUUUUAUCUUUAUAAACAAAGGACUGCACCAAAAACACAGUACACAGGAUGUUCAGUUCAUGAAAAUAACAAUGGCCAAGCAGCCUUUGAGAACCCCAUGUAUGACACCAACGCGAAGACGGUGGAAGGGAAGGCGGUCCGAUUCGAUCCCAACUUGAACACAGUCUGCACAAUGGUAUAA